AUGGCAUUGCCCCUGAAUAGGGGGACCUGCGGGCUCCGACCCAUGGCUGCUCACUACAGCACGUCGCGCGUCAUGGGGGGCACAGGUGCCCCAGGGGCCCAUCCCUGGAUCGUCAGCAUCCAGGACCCCUGGCAAGCAGGCACGGGGCAUGUGUGCAGAAGGUCGCUCAUCAGGGCAGAGCGGGUUCUGACAGCAGCACACUGCUUCCUCGAGGCCAGGGAAGGAGGGCACGUUGCCAUGUGGAACGUGGUGGUUGGGGCCACCCACUUCACUCAGCCGGGCCCAGAGACCCAUGUUCGCGGCACUAAGCGGCUGCUGGUUCACCCACGCUACAGCAACGUCACCAAGAGGAACGACGUUGCGCUGCUGCAGUUGGACCACCCUGUGCAGUGCGGCUGCUACGUCCAGCUCGCCUGCGUGCACGACAGAUGUCUGCGACUGUCGGAGCUGACGACGUGCUACGUCAGCAGCUGGGGGGCCACGACGGCGAGAGCCGCAGGACCAACAGACGUCCCGCAGGAGGCCCAGGUCCGCCUCAUCGAGCUCAACCUCUGCAACAGCAGCCGGUGGUACUGCGGAGCCGUCCACCCCCAAAACCUCUGCGCUGGCUACCCGGAGGGCGGCAUCAACAUCUGCCAGAUAGGAGGGGACAGAGGUGGUCCUCUCGUCUGCAAAGACAAGAGUGCUGACUACUUCUGGCUCACUGGGGUGACCAGCUGGGGGAGAGGCUGCGCCAGAGGGAAACGGCGCGGAAUCUACACCUCCACUCAGCACUACUACCAAUGGAUCCUGCAACAGAUGGGAUUGUAUUCGACACCAAGGGCUGCUCCAACAUCAUGGGCAUGGAGUCCUUCUCUCACCGCUUCAGCUCCUUUUCAGAGGCCCAGCCCAACACCAGCACAGUCGGGCUGGUUUAGCUCCUGCCCCUUUCCCCUCCAGAAGCUGCUAGUCAGCCAAGGAGCAUCUGGGAGAGACACCCCGGUGCUGCUGAAACAGGGACGCUCCCAACACGCGCUGAGGACGUGCGCCAUGUCUGAGAGGCGAGAGGAGGAGUCCCCCGACUCGACGGAGCAGGCGUGUGUGCUGUGUGGCCAGAGUGCAGUGGACCAAUUUCUCUGCGGGCAGGAAGUAAAUAUGGAAUUCUUCCGUGCCCAUUUCUUUUGCACACUAUUUGCCAGCAAGUUUUUUUACUGUCAGGAUGAUCAAUCAGGGGCGCUUAGAGUGGUCACUGAGGACAUUCGCCACAUGAUCGACCGGGCAGUGCAGGAGCGAUGCUUCAUCUGCGGGGAGAGCGGGGCCGCCAUCACCUGCUGCCAGGAGGGCUGCGACCGCAGCUUCCACCUUCCCUGUGCCAUCGAGGGUGAAUGCAUCACCCAGUACUUUCUUCCAUACAGGUCCUUCUGCAAGGAACACCGCCCAGAGCAGGAGGUGGAGGCAGCUCCAGAGGAGGACACCCAGUGCCUCAUCUGCCUGGAGCCUGUGGAGGACAGAAAGUCCUUCCACACCUUGGUGUGCCCGGCCUGUAAACACGCCUGGUACCACCGGGUCUGCAUCCAGGGCCAGGGUCGGUACAACUCUAUUAGUACCUUCAGCUGCCCUCACUGCAGAGACAGAAAUGACUUUGUCGAGGACAUGCUCACCAUGGGCAUACGAGUCCCCAUGAGAUUGCCAUCACAGGACAACAGGCCUCCAGUCGAAGCAGUAGUCCAGAGGCACAGCCGCUGCGAUGCCCGUGAGUGCCUUUGUCCCACAGGCAGGGAGCACGCAGAGGAGCAGGGGCCCUGGGAAAUGCUCCUGUGCGGCUCCUGCGCUGCCGUGGGCACCCACCGGUGCUGCUCCAGCGUCAGCACCACCAGGACCAGCUGGGUGUGUGAGAUCUGUGCUGGCCAGGGCACCGACUCGAGUGACAGCGCAGAGAUCGCUGGCUCUGGCGAUGGCAGCAGCUCGGGAUCGGGGUCAUCCCACCGCUCGCCAGCACCAGAGAGCAGCAGCCCCAGCUCUGGUAGCCAGGUGUCAUCGGGGUCAUCGGACUCCCAAGUGGUGCAGGGCAGCAGCAGCAGCAGCUCCAGCUCACCUGGGCCCGAGCACAGGCAACGCCGCUCCCGGGUGCAACGUCAGGCCCAGACGCCCUACAGCCGGCCCAGAACACGCCGGGAGAGGGGCCACGCGCCAGCACCAAGGGCUGAGGGCAGCACCCCCGGCCAGGCAGCGCUGGGGACGUCCCAGGGCUCCCCAGUGCCGGAGAGCAGCAGCCCCAGCACCGCCAGCCAGCUGCCAGCGGAGUCCUCCUGCCCAUCUCCAGCGCUCGAGAGUGGCAGCAGCUCCAGCCCUCUUGGGCCCGUGCGGAGGAGGCACCGCUCCCGCAUGGAACGUCGGGCCCAAAACCCUUACAGCCGGCCCGGACGCAGACGUGGGACCAGCCGUGCGCCGUCCCCACGUGAUGGGUCUGAUGCCCCUCCACCAGCGCAAUAAAGUUG